AUGGACAGUCCCGCUGCUGCCAACGUGUUCGGCACCCUUGGGGCAGUGCUUUGGUCGCUUCAGGUAGAAACCAACUUUUCUUCCCUGUCGUCGACGUUUUUCCUCUCAUGGGCUGUCGCUGGGGUCCCCCUCGGCGUAUACAAUAUCGCCGACGAUUUUAACAUUGCCCUCCAGAUACAGCCCAAUAUCUUGAUUUUUCUCAGUCUCUGGACCUGGUUUCAGUGCAAAUAUUAUGGCGACAAAUGGGGCACACGGAAAAUAGUGGCUAGCGUCAUCGGCAUAGCCAUUGUUCUGGCCGGUGCUGAGGUUGGCCUUGUUUACGCACUCAAAUUGGCACGCGAACGCGGGCACAUGUGGCCAUCAAUUCUCAUGGCUAUUGUAGCUGCGAUUCUUUUGGCUGGUGGCGUACUCCGACAUUACCUUCAGAUGUUGAAGACUCGAUCGGACGCCGGCUUGUCCCUCAAGUUCGCAACAUUGGAUCUGAGCGGGGAUGUUGCAUCGCUUCUAUCUGUGAUCUUUCAGAAGACACUCAAAAUCUACGGAAUCGUUAUAUAUGGAUCGGAGUUAGCAAUAUGGGCCGGUCUGAUAGGCCUAGCUAUCCAUUAUCGCCGUGUCAGCAAUGGCGAUUUUAACAAAAGACCCAAGGUGGACGCGGUGGUGUUGGGCAGAGGGGAGACUCGGGCAGCAGGCCGCAACGAAGAGAAUCAGAGUGUUUAG